UGGACCUCAUUUAGGCAAUUGAAAACAAGAUAAGGAUAUGAAAAGAGCAGCAAAUAGCAGCCACAAACUAAAAAAAGCUAAUCUGAUGGUAUGACACCGCAUUGUACCAAAACAGAACAGUGAGCUCAUUAAUCUGCUGAGGGUCAAAAUGUGUAGCUUGAAAUCCCAAUUCAACCUUCUCAGGUGCACCAAUCUUACCAAUUCUAUCUCAAUUCGUCCACCACUCUUCCCAAUCUCACACCAAAAGUACCACACAAAUCCACGCGCUGCCUCAUCUUUGCUUUCAAAAGUUAGUAUUACCAUUCAGAGACACACUGCGCCACAAUGCACAGCCAAAUCAGAUGAUAUCAUCAACAAUACAAUUUUAAUCCAAGAAGUUGACCCCAGAUGCCAAAAUUUGUCAAAGGGUCAAAAUAUGGCUCAUGUUUGUACAAAUGAGAUAGACUAUUCAAGGUCUUUAAUAGUUGGGGCGGUUUCUGUUGGAGUUCUGCUGUUUCUGAUGGGAUUGGAUGACCAAAAGGCAUUAGCUUUAGGUCCAGAAGGGCCACUGGCUGAAGAGUUUUGGGACAACGUAAGAAGAUAUGCACUUUAUGCUCUCACUGUCAGUACUGGAGCUCUAUACACCAUCUUCUUGCCUAUAUUUGAGUUAUUGAAAAAUCCCAUUUCUGCAAUUCUCAUUUUGGCCAUUCUUGGGGGAGGAUUCUACCUAGUUUCCCAAGUGGUUUCUGCUAUGGUUGGUGUCACUGAUUUUUCUUAUGAUUAUAGUUAUUAAUUAGCUAGGCUUAUCUUGUUUUCUGUUUUAAUUUUCAAUACUAGCAAAAACAUAAAGUUUAAUAAUAUCAGAGCUGUCAAUUUUGCCUUUUAA